AAAACAUAAUAUACACACACAUGCUUGUGUUCAUAUGUCAAAGUAAUGUCAAGACCUUGUGGUCGUGAGACCUAACCUAACAUCUAUAAUAUAAAAUUAAACACAAAUUCCUGAGAAAUCUUAAAAAAUUGUAUAACUCGACAAUCUGUCAUGAGAUUAACAAAUAUAUUAUUUUCAAGAGUUGGAAAAUGGUCCAAACAGUUUUCCAACCUACCCGAUAGGUAUAUAAAGAGAGCCAUGGAGCAGGUCUACUGGAGAAACCCAAAAGGCAUUCAGUACAAACCAAAUUCUGUAAUUCAAAGAAAGAAAUUUAUUUUUGGUGUACAUCGACCAUGGACAUACCAAUUCCGCGAUGAAAAUUUUCCAGGAAAAAUGCCCAAGAAGAUUUUCGUAGAACCAAUAAAGGAAUGGAGCCAUUUUCGUGGAGAUAGAGUUGAAAUACUCGUUGGCAAAGACAAGGGCAAACAAGGCAUCAUCAAAGAGAUCAUCCAAGAGCGUAACUGGGUCAUAGUUGAGGGCCUCAACUGCAAACUGACAGUUGUUGGAGAGGACAAGGAAUUCAAAGGAGUAUAUGUUCGCGAAGAAGAGCCACUAUUGGUUACUACUGAAAUAGCAUUGGUCGAUCCAUCUGACUUGAGACCAACGACAAUCGAAUGGCGUUAUACAGAAGAUGGCGACAAGAUACGAGUGUCAGUAAGGACUGGAAGGGUCAUACCAAUGCCCACUACCAUGGAAUCAACCAUCGAUUAUAAGACACGAAAUACCUACCUUGAACAACCCAAAGAUACUACUGCUGAUGUUAUCAAAGAUAUAACCUUUGAACCAAAACUUUGCACCUUUGAAAUGGACAUAAUGGAAAAAAUGGGAAUCAAAGAAGAUAGAAUUCCUCCAAAGUCUUAUUGGUAUUAAGUUAUAAUGUAGUAUAAAUUUUGCAUAUAAUAAAUUUUAUAAUUAAAGUCGUUCAAG